ACACACAAGCUCAUCCCAGGUGAGGUUAGGUGGACCUGAGAUGGAUGCUGUAAGCAGGCUGCAAUCCCAGACCCUCCUGUCUCGCUGUCCAAAAUGUGGUAAAUAUGGACAGGGCUAUUCCACCGUACGGAUCUCCACCUCUGAGAUGGAGUCUUACUACCACUUCCUGGGGAUGUGUCAGGAGACUGAGUCAGCCAUAACAAGAAAUGAGAUCAUGCAGCAGGAGAUCAGGCCCCUGCUGGCUGUGGACAUCAUAGAGCAGCUUCAUCGCCAGUUUGCCUUGCUCUCAGGAGGGCGAGGAAAAGAUGGCGCCCCCAUCAUCACCUUCCCAGACUACUCAGGCUUCAGCGAAGUGCCAGAGGAAGACUUCCUCAAUGUUGUUACUUACCUGACCAGCAUCCCCAGCCUGGAUGCCGCCAGCAUCGGCUUCAUCAUCAUCAUCGACCGACGGAAGGACAAAUGGAGCUCAGUGAAAGCCUCUCUAUCCAGGAUUGCAGGGGCAUUCCCAGGAAACUUGCAGCUGGUGUUGGUGCUGAGGCCGUCCAGGUUCUUCCAGAGGGCUAUAGCAGAUAUUGGGAUCAAGCUGCACAAGGAUGAUUUUAAAAUGAAGGUACCGAUUGUGAUGCUGAACUCACUGUCGGACCUGCACGGCUAUGUGGAUAAAGGUGAGCUGACCCGGGAGCUAGGAGGAAGCCUGGAAUACUGUCACAGUCAGUGGAUACAUCACCGAACUGCCAUAGAGAACUUUGCCAUGACGGUGAAAACGACAGCCCAGAUGUUACAGAAGUUUGGGACAGACCUGGCAGAGACAGAGCUGCCCAAUGACGUCCAGUGCACCAAAGACCUGCUCACAGCCCACACCGACAAACACAACAACCUCAAGGAUGAAUUGAAGCUGGCUCUGAAGCAGGGCACCACCUUGUUAGGUUGUAUAAAGGAGCAAGCAGCCAAGUCAGAGAAUCACAAACUCAACCCGGACGAGAUGGAGAACCAAACCACUGUGGAGAGGCUCCUUGCCCAGCUGGAUGAGACGGAGAAUGCCUUUGAACAGUUCUGGUGUAAACACCAUCUGAAACUGGAGCAGUGCCUGCAGCUACGCCACUUUGAACAGGACUUCAGAGAGGUUAAAGUGUCUCUAGACAGUUUGAUGGACAGUCUAACUGGACUAUCAGAUAUCGGGGAUUGUGUGGCCAGAGUUGAACAGCUGCUAACGGAACUGAAAACACUGGGGGAGAAGGCUCAGCCCACACUAGAAAAGGCCCAGCUCCACGCACUGCAUGGCGAUCAGCUGAUCCAGAGCAACCACUAUGCUGUGGACUCCAUUCGACCCAAAUGUGUGGAGCUGCGGCGGGUCUAUGACGACUUCAGCAAUGAGGCCAAGAAGAAGACGGAUGUCUUGUCCAAAUCCCUGCAGAUACACAUGGGCAUUGAUAAGGUAAACCAGUGGUGUGAGUCUGGCAUUUACCUGCUGGCCUCCCAGGCUGUGGAUAAGUGUCAGUCACAGGAAGGGGCAGAGACAGCGCUGACCGACAUCGAACACUUUCUGAAGUCGGCAGAAAAGAACCAUCUGACCGAACUGAGGAACCUCCACAACCAGUAUGAGGUUGUCCUGUCUGAGGAUAUCAAGGCCAGUGUCCUGAAGGCACUGAAGCGCCUGGAGGAUGUCCAGGAGAUGUUUGAGAAGCGCCAUGUGAGUCUGAAGAGACUUUCGGCCAAACAGACGAGGCCUGUCCAGCCAGUUGCCCCGCGGCCCGAGUCCUCUCCUAAACGGCCCACACUGAAAAACCCCCCCAGAACAACAGGGAGCCAGCAGCCUCUGGCUCGGAGAGCAUCGGAUAACUCUAACAGUGGCAAGCAGCCAGCUGAAGCUGAUCCCAACAAGAAGAAGAACAUACGCAAGGCCAAAGGAGGCAUCAAGAUUGAGGUGAUGCAUGAGGAAAGCCAAGGAGGCUCCACCCAUGUCGUUGUGACCAACGAGACAGAGGAGAGUCUGUCCAACAGGCGCAGACACAUCAUGACUGAGCUGAUUGAAACAGAGAGGCUGUAUGUGGAGGAACUGCAAAGCAUCAUGGAGGGUUAUUUCGCAGAGCUGGAUAAUUCUGAACUCAGCCAUCUCAUUCCCCCUUCCCUGGAGAACAAAAGGGAUGUGCUGUUUGGCAACCUGCCAGAGAUAUAUGAAUUUCACAACAAAACUUUUCUGAGGGAGCUGGAGAACUGUGCAGAGAAACCAGAGCUGGUGGGAACCUGUUUUCUGAAAAGGAAAGAAGAGCUUCAGGUGUAUGAGAAGUACUGUCAGAAUAAACCACGCUCUGAAGUCCUCUGGAGACAGUGUGGAGACAGCCUUUUCUUUCAGGAAUGCCAAAAGAAGCUGGACCACAAACUGUCUCUGGAUGCCUACCUGCUUAAGCCUGUCCAGAGGAUCACCAAAUACCAACUCAUGCUCAAGGAGAUGUUAAAAUGCAAUAAGGGUGAGGGGACAGCUGAGUUGGAGGAGGCUUUAGCCACUAUGCUGGACAUCAUCAAGUCUGUCAAUGACUCCAUGCACCAGAUAGCCAUCACUGGCUUUGAGGGAAACCUGAGUGAACUUGGGAAGCUGCUGAUGCAGGGAUCCUUCAAUGUGUGGACCGACCACAAAAAAGGCCACAGCAAGGUGAAGGACCUGGCAAGGUUUAAGCCCAUGCAGAGGCAUCUGUUCCUAUAUGACAAGAUGUUGCUGUUCUGCAAGAAACGAGAGGAGACCACAGAUGGACACGAGAAGACCCCGUCCUACAGCUUCAAACACUCGCUUAAGAUGAGCGCUGUGGGGAUCACGGAGAACGUCAAAGGUGACUGCAAGAAGUUUGAAGUGUGGUACAACGGCAGAGAGGAGGUUUACAUCAUCCAGGCUCCUUCCAUGGAUGUGAAAAAUAUGUGGGUGUCAGAGAUUCGUAAAGUUCUCACAGGCCAGCUAGAGGCAUGCAGAGCUGACGCUUCAGCCAGCCAAUCAGGCCACUCGGCUGCUAACGCUAGGAAACGCUUCACCCUGCAGGGACUUUCCAACAGGAGGUCUCUUCCAGCAGAGCCAGCUGCUAAGGAGGCACAGGUCCCCCGCCGCUUCUCCCUUACCUCCUCUCUCGCCUCCUCCUCCUCCUCCUCCUCAUUCGCCACAAGACGCACAAAAGGUCCCCUCUCUGCUAGCAUAAAAAGCAAGAGACAUGAGAUAAAGAGUGAUCCCACUCCAUUUGGUUAUGAAGAUACUUUGCGUGGUGCUAUGGCUGCAGUCAGGAAACGUCAGAGCAUGACUAGCAACACUGCUACUGCUGCUGGCGGCAUCUCAGCUGUCCCUAGAUCCACUUCCCAACCAGGCUGGGCCCAGCGGCGUCUUCCUUCCAUGGACACAGACGAUUUUGAGACAAUACCCUCCAGCGCAGAGGAAUCCUCCAACUCGUCAGAAGAGGAAGGCAGCAACAAAAACGGUGAUGCCAGUCGUUUCCGGGUGCAGCUGACCUAUGAUUCCAACGAAACCCGAGACUUAUCUCUGGAGACGGGCGACCUAGUCCAGUUUCUGGAGGAAGCAGAGAACGGACACUGGCUAGUCAAGAACCUUUUAACAGAGGAGACGGGGCUGGUCCCGUCCAAUAUACUUCAAACAGCAUCUGAAGGAGAUAUCUUCAGUGACCUGUGUACAGCAGCACUCUCUGACUCGGAUGAAAAUGAAGCCAGUACAUGGGGAGACAUGUCUCAGGACAGCAGAUAAACAUGGCUUACUAUUGUAGUUCAUUAUGUUGGACUGCAAACAUUUUUGUUGGAUUGCAAACAAUGACUGAUAACAGUGUUUUUUCAACUGUAAUUUCCUAAGCUGGACUUCAACGACUAUUAGUUUUCUACUUGUAGUUCUUCAUGUUGUACUACAAAUAUGGCCUGCUAUCCUUUUUUCAACUGCAGUUUUUUUCAUGUCUGAAUCAUCGAAGGUUCUCGAUGAAGCUUCUGGAAAAAGCUGGAACCUUAACAUGCCUGAAUGCCGCAGUGGGAAAACCAGAUAAGACUUUAAAUUCGGUGGAGAACUGAAGACCGCAUGGAUGUGGACACUGAACUUCAUAUCCAAAGUUGGAUGAGUUCAGAUUACAUACUGUAGAAAAUGCAAUUCCCAAGUGGUUGGGCUGGACACCUGAAAACUUAAAUCCAAAUUCUGACUUGGAUAGGGAUAAAUUAGCAAUUCCAUGUGCUGGUUGUUAGCAGGCUUUGGCAAGGUGCCUUGUUUUGCUGCUAUGCUACUCUGAAGCAAAACUCUUUUCAGACCAGGUUCUGCCUCCGCUGACACGCUUUAGCUGCUUUGACUUUUCGGGUUCAGAAUACAGACACUUCACAGUAGCUGUGGCCAUCAUAAGAACCUAGAAGUUGUCUUGCUUGCCUUUCUCCGUCCUGGUAGAGCCCCACAUAAUGUCAUUACGUUACACCAGAUGUAUUAUCUCAACAUGCCCCUUCUCUCACCCUGCAGUCUGGCAAAUUAUCUGUAUAAAUUAUAAGUAUGUAUAAGAGGUUAAGAUAUAUCUCCUUCUCAUAUUUGAAUUUAUAACCCAGUUGUUCUGCACUGAAGGGGAAAAAAUGCUUAUUUUACAUAUGGUUCACUCUGGAAAAAAAGUUGUGUUACAUCCUCACAGGUAUUAUACAGAUAGAAUGUUUUGUUUUGCACAGAAACUUAUAUAUUCAUUAGAGAUCCUUUCAUGUUCCAUAAGAAUUAACACAAAUUGUGUCUGUGGUCGAACAUUUGAAUCUAUUGCAAACAUGACAACAGUAUAGGUGAAAUAGGAAUAUAUAACACUAUUCUUUGUCACUUUCAUGGGGAGCAGAAACUGUCUUGUAAAGUUAAUAUGGCUACAUGUAAGUGUCCACAUAGCAUUUCACUGGUCACUAGGAGCAACCCCUUACACAUUACUUACUUACACACGCAGUCAUGACUCAUUGUUCAUAUAAAAUAUAAUGAUUGGUGCAGCUUUAAAAAAAGUGCAACAAUUAAGAAAACCCAAUUCUAAAAGAAUUGAUCAGCUAAUGACAGAUACAUUUCUGCACAAGAUGCAUGUGAGAAAAUAAAUCAAUCAUUUUGUGUUUUCCAGUGUAUUUUUUACACAUGCACAGUGAAUAGUAAACAGAAGAAGCCAGAUAGCUUUUGAUGGAAAUUAAGCGUUACUGCAGCGCUUCUCUUCUUUAGAUGAAUGGGCUGGUGGUGUAAAGGAAACAGAUUUAUCUCUGUGACAUGUUAUGCUACUUGGACUCAUCUCUACAUAAUGGGAUUUUUACAUUUCAGCAUUGUGUUUCUGAUUUGUGUGCAUGUAAAUACUUCAUGUACAAUAACUCAAAGGUGCCACCCGGUCAAUCAGAAACCCAGAUGAGUUUGCAAGAAUGCUGCCGAAUGUGCAUUUACCAUUUUGAGUUUGAUCAUAUUGAGAAUAGUGUAUUAAUUCAUACAUACAGAUCUAUUCAUGUCCUGCCAAUUUGUCUCCAAUGUAUAUCUCCAUUUCCAUAUAGCGGCUCAUGGCUAGCUAGUGUUCAGACACAUACUCAAUCAGAGACCAGAUUGAUUGUAUUGUAACCUUGAAAUUCCUUUGCGGAUCUGAGCGCCGGGUUGUUUUGCUGAAACCAAGCAAUAGUUUAGCUCUGCAACAGCGUUAUCAGAUUCAUGAGUCUUUUGAUGUCGAAGCGCUGACACCACUGUUUUUGUUACUGAGAUAUUAAGAUUUGUUAGUAAUUUGUGAGCAUCGCCAUCAUAAGCCAGGUAGCCUGAAAAGCAUUUCUUUGACAGAUCAUCUCCUUUUUUUCUAAAGUGAAAUACCAUCUGUGGUGGGAAAAGUCAGGGAACUGUUUGGCUAUUUUGCUGCAAUUGAUUUUUCAGGGAAAUGCUUUUUUUUAGCAGGUAGCACCUGGGCUGUUUCCUAACAUCAGCGGUGUGGUUUCACCUUUUCAGAGAGGAAAAUAGCACUGUACACUCAACGUUCAUUCAUGGAAGGGGCCAGGAGGACAUAUCAGUAAAUGUAAAUAAACAUGAAUGUUAGUCUAAUAUUGCAUAUUUUGGGGGGUAAAGAUCAAUUUUCUGUAUGACUGCUGUAUUGUUGUACACCAGUUUUUAUCCGGCAUUGUAUUGCAUUUCUACUGACAGAACUAUUCGCUGAGAAAUCUGAAAUAGCACCACUGUAUUUAAAAAUAGAUGGCAUGUCACAGGAAGGAGCCCAAACAUUUCCUAUUUGAAACAGUUUAGAUGACAGCUCCUUUUUUAUGUUACCUGUAACUUAUUGGAAAUGGAAAGUUGAAACCAAAAGUAUAUCAAAAGGCUAAAUAUUCACCUGAUGAAUGAACACAUCUCAGAAUGUAAAACUUAGUUACUGUGUUAGAAAGCUACAGUAAGUAACUGGGAUCAGUCAGAGUUUCAGCAGUCUGACCAUAAUAAGCAAGUAAAAAAAGAAUGAAUGGAUGAUGGAUGGAUGGAUGGAUGGAUAAGUAGACUGGUAGGUGGUGGCUGGAAGAAUAGAUGAUGAUCAGGGUAGUUAUACGGAUGCAUGGUUGGAUGGAUGGAUGAUGCAUGGAAGGAUAGGUGGAUGGAUGGAUGAUCCAUAGAAGAAUAGGUGGAUGGAUGGAUGGAAUAGAUGGAUUGAUAGAAAGAUAUUUUAACACUGUAACUGGGUUACGAUCUGGAACAGAAGGCCAAACUCUAUUAAAGAUCAUAUCAUUGAUAUUAGUUUGGUUGUAAAGAAAUACACUCCUCAUGAACAUGCUGUAUAUUUUGUUUAUCAAAUGUUAAAUGAAAAAUAUUGUAUCUUUGGAAAGGAAAUAUUUAUAUUGUACUGCAUCCUGCUGCAAUUUAAUUGCCAUUUUACUAUAUUAUAAAAUGUAUCAAGUUUGUAUAUUGUACAAUCUGUCAUUGUAAUGUACAUAUUGGUUCAUUGUUAUAAUAUGCAUUUACAGUAUGAAUUUUGUCACGCUGUUUUUCUGUUUUUGUAUAUUAAACUUAGUCCGUUAUUUUAAAUUUAAAGGUCCAGUGUGUAACAUUUAGAAGGAUCUAUUGGCCGAAAUGGAAGAUAAUAUUCAUAGGUAUGUUUUCAUUAGUGUAUAAUCACCUGAAAAUUAGAAUUGUUUUCUUUACCUUAGAAUGAGGCAUUUUUGUAUGGAGUCCGCCAUGUUUCUACAGUAUCCUAGAACAACUACCUGCUUGGUUGAAUCGAGGUGUUUCAGUUGGUUGCGAUCUGCAACUUCACCACUAGAUGUCACUAAAUCCUACACACUGGUCCUUUUAUAAUGCAUGAAAGAGUCCGAUCUGAUCCAUCCGUGCUAGAUUUCAAAUUAAAACCACAUUUCUUAUA